AUGGAACAAAAUUUUUUUCUGAAGAUUAAGCAAUUUCUAUCUGCAAUAUCUUGUCAUAAAGCUCAACAAUCGAUGGAUAUAGGCAAUUUAAGUUACUCAACUCAUGAAGAAAGCUUGCAACAAAAAAAUUUAGAUAAGCUUAAAUCAGACUCUCCUAAUGGCACUGUUUGAGAUGCACGAAAUACUCAAGAUGACUCUAAAUGUAUAACUUACUAUAUUGAUUGCGUACAAAAAAUUUAUGCCUUAAAUGUUUGAGCUCUAGUAUAUUAGAUCAAAAAAAAUUGGCAAAUUCAAUCAUGCACUCUCUAAUCCGAAAUCUCCUUUGGGUUCUGAUAAAGGGGUUAACGAUAACAGAUUUUCUUACCUGAAUGAUCACGAAUCAGUAAAUCCACAAAAUAAUUCGCUCAUUGAAGAAAUAAAUCUCUUAACUUACUAAUUAUAACGCUUAACGUCCACUACGGGGUGGCUAAGCCCAGACCUCCGCUCGCCUUUUCGUCGCAUCGGGCCCACAGACCUCUGGGCGGUCCGCUUCGAUCUCCAAGGUGCGCCUAGGGGCAAGUGUUGCCGGCUUCGACGGCUCAUGAAUGAGUUACUUGCUUGUGACAUGGGUUGCCAUUCCGAAAACCCAAAAAAUGGAUUUUCUGGUAGGCUUUCGGCAAAAAGGAAAAACAUGUAGCCUGGGACGUAACGCCCAGUUUCACGCUAGGGAGUUACCCGAUGGGUCGUGAGGACUCUGCAGGGCUUCCCCUUUCCAACUGCCGUGCUUUCCUUCCCCACGAGGAAAAAACCAUCCCUGAGAAUAGACUAGGGCUAGGCUCUGUACUCCACCAGAAUUGCUUACCUAGCAUUGCCGUCCAUCUCUGAAAUGGCAAAACCUUGCCGGAAGAAAUAAAUCAAUUCCUAUGAGAUGCUGUAGAAAAUAAUCAGCACGAAUUAUGCAAAACUAUUUUGGAUAAAAAAAGAUUCGGAAAUCAAAUUAAAAGUGACUAUUUUAUUGAAAAAUAUCAUAUGUCGCCUCUUCACAGAGCUUCACAUCUUGGGCAUUUAAAAGUCUGCGAGGUCUUAUUAGAUUACGGUAACUUCGAAGAUCUUCACUCGAUAGAUGCUUGAAAAAUGACUCCACUUCAUUUGUCAUGCAAAUAUGGGUUUUUAUUAAUAAGCCAAUUAUUUGUGAGAUCCGGUGCAAAUAUUAAUGCAAUUGAUGGGAUUGGAAAUUCCCCAAUGCACUAUGCUUUAAAGAGCAAAAAUCAAGAGUUAAUUGAAUGAAUGCUACUUAGAUCGCCCGAUUUAUACAUUAAGAAUUUAGAAGGAGAGGAUGCAUAUUCAAUGAUGACAGAAAUUGAACAAGAAAAAGAUAUUUUGACAGAGCAAAAGACGCACAAACUCAAAAUUCAGACUUUUGAAGAAGAUCAGAUUGACCUCAUGAUGAGCCAAGCUAAUGUUCAAAAUUUUUCUAAAAUCAAAGGAAAUCAAAAAGUGCAAAAGGUCCCUGCAUUUUCUGAUGAAGACUCGGUGGAAGAAGAAAUGAUUGAAAGCACAAAUGUCGGCCCUUCAGAUUUUGAAGUCAUAUCUAUUUUAGGAAAAGGAAGUUUUGGUGAAGUCUAUCUUGUAAGAAAAUUUGACUCUGAUGAACUUUUUGCUAUGAAAGUUCUCACUCACCUCUUCAUGAACAAACAAAACUAUUGGAAAAAUCCGUAUUUUUUGGGUAAAAAACUAAACUGAUUUUAAUAAUUUAAAUUAAAUAUUUGGAUUUUUGAAUUAGAAAAAAAAUACUAUAGAUUUUAUAUAAAAAAAUUAAUCCCUAACACUAGCGAAUAAUUUUUUUUUCGCUCAGAGAGGGAGUCAGUAAAAACAAAAUUUUGGGUCAAAAUCUAGUCAGAUAUGCAAUGACUGAAAGAAACAUUAUGACCUAUGUGCACCAUCCAUUCAUUGUACGCCUGCGAUACGCAUUUCAAUCUUCAAACAAAUUAUUCUUGAUACUUGAAUACUGCUCCGGAGGGGAUUUAGGAUCUUAUAUAGCAAAAAACAAAUUUAUUCCAGAAAAUCAAGCAAAGAUUUACAUUUGCGAAAUUUUAUUAGCAUUGGAAGAGCUCCAUAGGCACGAUAUUAUUUAUCGAGACUUGAAACCAGAAAAUGUUGUUCUAAAUGCAGAUGGUCAUGCACUUCUGACUGAUUUCGGAUUAUCAAAAGAAGGAGUUGAUGAUAACUGUACUUCAAAUUCAUUUUGUGGGUCUGUAGCCUAUUUAGCUCCUGAGAUGCUGAAUAGGGCUGGCCAUGGAAAAUCAGUUGAUUGGUAUUUACUAGGUGUUUUGCUUUACGAAAUGCUAUGCGGCAUUCCUCCAUUCUUUUCACACAGCCGUGACCAAUUAUUUAAUAAUAUAAGAAACGCGAAACUAUCUUUUCCUGUCAAAAUCAGUUUCGAGGCCAAAGAUUUAAUAUCAAAACUGCUUAAAAGAGACCCGACACAAAGGUUAGGAAGUUCAUUUGAUGCGGAUGAGAUUAAAUCUCAUCCCUUUUUUGAAGGAAUUGAUUGGAAUGCUGUCAUGGAAAAACAACUAAAACCCCCAAGACCACCAGAAAAGCCUGUAAUUGUCAAAAAAAUCACCCAGCCAAAAGAAAGUGAAAUCGAAAUAGAAAAUAGCCAUCUGGAAGGAUGGACUUUUAUAUCAGAUUUUAAACUGUAUAAUUCAUAA